UGUGUGUGUGUGUGUGUGUGUGUGUGCGCGCCUCCCCUUUGAAAUGGGAUUUCUCAUAAACAGAACAAGACAGGAAAAGGCAACAAAACCCGACUUGAGAGGAAACCAGGCGGCUGCGAGUGUUUCAGCGUUUUCUCCUCGUCUCUGAGGGCCUCUGCACCAUGAUACACAGAAACAGUCAGACAGCACUCGCUCUGCUGCUCGUCCUGCUGCGCUCCGGCCUUAGCGUGGAAUUGGAUCAUGUAGAAGGGACAGUCGGGGAGAAUUUAAAGAUCACAUUUGAAUUUUCAUCCAGAGGCAUUAAUGCUGAGGAGAGCUUCAAUGUGUACAGAGAUGAGAAGAAGAUCGGACACUUUCCAAACACCAUAAGCCCCUGCUCUUCAUCUGCUGCGGCGCCUAAACAGAACUUGUGCAUCGCUGACACGUCUUUAAGAAAAAGAAUUCUGCUCUUCACGAAUCUGACAGCGAACGACAGCGGGGUUUAUCACCUGUCUGUGUUUAUGGAGAACCAGGUUACACCUGUUGUUACCAGUACCAAAGUUAAUCUGACUCUGACUGUUCAUCCAGGACUGAACGUGACAACAGUUUCAGCUCCGACUUCCUCCACCAACAACAACAGUUCCUCAAUCAAGAGUCAACCAGAAAUGAUCUCACGCUACUUAAUCUUCAGCACACUAGUGUUCACUCCGGUUCUCGUGCUGGCGGGCCUGCUGGUUUGGUUCUGCCGGACGUACGGAAGAAAAUCAGAUGACACACCUGCUCUGAACGCCAGCACAGCACAGCAGGGGAUCUGCCCAGUGUCCACCGCUGUGCCAUCGGUCAGCUGUGUUGAAUACGGAGUUCUAGACUUCCAGAACCGACCGAACCGUCCCGAGAGACACAGCAACCCAGAGGCGGCUGAUGGGGGCGUCGAAUACGCUGCUAUAAUGUUCCCCCCGCAGAAAAAAAGAACAUGAGUGAGGGGGACAGAGGGCACGAUGAAGCUUUCUGCAGAGCCGGAAAAGCUUUAAAAACCCUUCACCUUCUUUAUUCAGCCACACAAACUCACACCGCCCGCCUUUAAGCGCUGGAACCACUGAGUUCUCGUCCGGCGACGCUUUAUUACUCUGAUGCACUUUACACCUGCAGAAAAGACUGAGCGGCCUCGCCGGGAGGAAGUGUGAGCGUGGCAGAGGAAGUUACUGUAAAUGCAAUAUUUUAGUGCUAAUUUGGGAGAAAC